UUAUCUUGUUAUUGUCCGUUCUUUUUGCUUAAUAAAACGUUUGUAGUCUUUGCUGUCUGAAGGCAAUGGACUCUAAUUUGCUGCGUUUACCUAACGGAGAUGGCCUGCCGGUAGUGUCCACCAACAGUGAGGUGAAAUCUCCAUUUCUUAUUGGUGUGGCUGGCGGUACGGCCAGUGGCAAAUCGACGGUGUGCAAGAAGAUUAUGGAACAGCUGGGCCAGGCGGAAAUGGAGGACACACAGCGGCAAGUGGUGACCAUCAGUCAGGAUAGUUUCUACCGCGAAUUGUCGCCGGCCGAAAAAGCCAAAGCCCAAAAGGGUCUCUUUAAUUUCGAUCAUCCCGAUGCCUUCAAUGAGGAAUUAAUGUAUGAGACAUUGCAAUGCAUAUUGAAGGGGCAAAAGGUGGAGAUACCAAGCUACGAUUACCGGACGAAUUCCCUGAAUUUUGAAGAAAUGUUGAUUAUCUAUCCCGCGGAUGUAGUCUUAUUUGAGGGUAUACUAGUGUUCUAUUUUCCAAAAAUUAGAGACCUAUUCCAUAUGAAACUAUUUGUGGACACAGAUUCUGAUACUCGGCUAGCAAGGCGGGUGCCACGUGAUAUCAAUGAGCGUGGCAGAGAUCUGGAUGCAGUGCUAACCCAGUAUAUGACAUUCGUAAAGCCAGCUUUUGAGGAGUUUUGUUCCCCUACCAAAAAGUUUGCUGACGUUAUAAUACCUCGAGGUGCAGACAAUACAGUGGCCAUUGAUCUCAUUGUACACCAUAUUGGGGAAAUUCUCGCCGCCACCAACAACGCACAGCACAACAACACAGUCCGAAUUGCAGCGUCCAGCAUGAAGCGCGAUCACUAAAACCAAAAAAAUUCAACAAACUCUAGAAUACAGACAAAUAUCGAACUGAAAGUUUCACUAACGUCCUUAACAAAAAAAAAAAAAAAAAAGAAAUCAGUUAAAAGCUUGUACUAAUUGCCCAAUCUAAGCGCUGGAUUCGCCUUGCCAAGCCCGAAACCCAAGUCCUUCUUGUCUCUACUUAUUCUUUUAACAUUUUAAAAUUAUAUAUUAAUCUAAUUUUAAGCUGGAAAAGUGAAUUAUUACGAAAUGUCUACAUCAUAUAAUGAAUUUCUAUGUGGGCUUCUUUUUUUUUGUCGUUCAAAAACUAAACUAAAAUUCGCUUAUCUAACUUGGGCAAAAACCUAUACAUUUAUACAAACACAAGUGAAGCACUCUGAACCCACAGUCAAAAAAUAUAAUUAAUUUAUUCUUCUAUGUGUUUAUAUUACAAAUCUAGCUUUAAAAAAAAACAAAAAAAAAAAGUCAAGAGGUAUUCCUAAAAUCCAACUUAAACUUGGUUAAAAAAUGUUUUCCUAUUUCCAUACAGAAAACACUGAACAUUCAUAAUGAGUAAAAUUGAAAACACGUGGGAUUUGAUAUACUCUUGCAGACUUUAUGCAAAUCUCGUACUCCUAAUAUAUUUUUAAAAAUAUUCUCCUAAUUUAUUUUUAAAAAUAUUCUCAUAAUACAUUCAUCCAAACAAAAAAAAAAAUAAAUCUUAUUUAACUGAAAACAACAUAUUACUGAAGAGAAAAAACUUGACCUGUUCUUUUGAGAACGAUUUGAAAUAUCUGUUGAAUUUAAAUAAUUAAGAUAAACUAAAUUAUAUUUUGAUCAAUAUGAAUACAGUCUGCAAGAGUAAUAAACCACUAUAAUCGAUCUAUUAUCAUAUUUAUCAUUUCGUUUUUCCAUUAAUUUUGGGUUGACAUUGAACUACACCUAAAUACUACUUAAAAUAUAAAUGUAUAUGUUUAAACUUGUUGUAUUUGCUACGUUUAUACGUGAUUAAAACUAGUAACUAAACUUAUAAUGGGAAAUGUUCUCAGUAACUAGAUAAUAAAAAUGAAAUUAAAUAAAACUUUCUCCCAAUAAUUUAGAAAAUGUAAAAUCCAUCCAAAUACAAGCGAAUAAUUGAGAGAGAUCUCUUUAACCAAUGUAA